AUGAUGUUCAUGAGCCUAGUUUCUCUUGCUCUGCUGGUUGUGGCUGCUCCAGUGACUACCUCUCCCGAAGCCCCUGCUGACCAGAUUCUGGUCGUGUCACCCGCCGACCUCAAUGUUCAAGGAACUGAUAUUGUCUAUCGGCCUACUGUUGGCGCUUCGGACCCCGACUAUCGUCCCGAUCUGAGCAUCAACGUGGCUAACGGCCGUGUGGAAAUCGACAUUGCCGGAACCCCCACGAAUGCCACCUUGCAUACCUCCUCCAAUGGACAUUUUGGCUACGCUCCGGUCGGACAGACGGCUCUGAAGUGGUCUCAGGACGGCUCCGCUGCCACCUUGACCUACAAUGGUUCCCCCUACUUUUACGCUUGUGUCGAGGGAUCUGAGCAGUACAUUUACGUGCAGAUUCCUGACAUUGCCGCCCAUUGUGCUUCUCCUCAGUGGAUGAAGAUUAGUGCUUAG